ACCAUGGACGCCGCCGACCAACAGCUGUCGCAAUUCGGUUACAAAAAUGAACUCAAGAGGUCCCUGUCCAUAUGGACUGUCCUCAGCUUAUCAGUAGCCAUCAUGGGUGUCCCCUUCGGCUUGUCGACAACGUUCUAUAUCACCCUCGUCAACGGGCAAUCGGUGACAGUGAUAUGGGGCUGGGUAUUCAUGACCACCAUCUCGGUCUGCAUCGCCGCAUCCAUGGCCGAGAUAUGCGCCGUCUACCCGACAGCAGGCGGCCCCUACUUCUGGUCCGCGAUGCUGUCAAAACCCAAGUACGCGCCAAUUGCCUCGUGGAUCACGGGGUGGCUGAACCUGGUGGGCAACUGGCUGGUCACAACCAGCAUCAACUUUUCAGGCGGCCAGAUCGUUCUCUCGGCCGUCACACUCUGGCACCCCGACUACGUACCCACGGCAUGGCAGACUGUCAUCGCCUUCUGGGCUUUCACUUUCGUGCCGUCGGCCGUCAACAUCUUUGGCACGAGGUAUCUGAGCCUUAUCAACAUGACCUGCGUGGUCUGGACCUCCGCCUCCAUCGUCAUCUUCAUGGUCGUGCUGCUAGCCACCGCCGAGGACCGUCACAGCGCCAAGUUCGUCUUUACCCACUAUGACACCUCAGCCAGCGGCUGGCCUUCCGGCUGGUCCUUCUUCGUCGGCCUCCUGCAAGGCGCCUACGUGAUGCUCGGCUACGGGCUCAUCUCAUCACUCUGCGAGGAGGUCCACAACCCACACAUCGAAGUCCCACGCGCAAUGGUCAUCUCGGUCCUCUUCGCCGGCCUCCUAGGCGCCGCCUUCCUCAUCCCCAUCCUCUUCACGCUCCCCAACGUCGACCUGCUCCUCGGCGUCGCCAGCGGCCAGCCCAUCGCCCUCCUCUUCCACACCGUCACGCGCUCCGCGCCGGGCGCGUUCUGCCUGCUGAUCCUGAUCAUCGGCAUCUUCCUCUUCGCCAGCAUCGGCUCCGUCACCGUGUCUAGCCGCUACACCUACGCGUUUGCCCGCGACGGCGCUAUCCCCGGUCACAAGCUAUGGGCACGCAUUAGUCCGCGCUUCGGGCUGCCGCUGAAUGCCAUCCUGCUCAGCACCGCGGUCAACUUCUGCUUGGGGCCCAUCUACUUUGGGUCGACGGCUGCGUUCAACUCGUUCACUGGCACUGCUACCAUCUGCUUGUCGACCUCGUAUGGGGUUCCGGUCCUGGUUUCGUUGCUAAGGGGUCGGAGGGGGGUGCGGAACUCGCCGUUCUCGCUGCGUCCGUUUGGUUUUGUUAUCAACCUCGUGUCGGUCACUUGGGUCGGGUUUGCGAUUGUGCUGUUUUGUAUGCCCGUCGGCCUGCCGGUUACAGCGACGACGAUGAACUACACCAGCGUUGUGUUUACGGGCUUUGCCGUUGUUAGUGUUGUGUGGUACUUGGUGUAUGGUCGGAAGCAUUUCUCGGGGCCGAUUGCGCUGGUUAUUAAUGCCCAGGCCGACGAGGCCGAGGAGACGGACAAGGGAGUGGGAAUCCUGCCUACCAAGGACCAGUAUGAAGCUCGGAUCUGAUUUGUUAAAUUUCAUACUGAGAUUUUUGUGUACCUGUCGUGUUUAAGAGAGGCAUGCAGUGAUCCUUACCGUGCCUAAUUGCAGAGGCGCUUUCACGGACUUCCUCCAUGCUCCAUCUCCACCGCUAGCAGGGCUGCCAUCCC